UGUGGACGUCAGUUUUCAACUUGCGCCUAUUUGUCCCAGCAUCGUCGAAUUCAUAGCGGCAUCAAACCCUACGUCUGUCGUUACUGCGAUCGCAAAUUCACUCAACUCAGCCACGUUCAACAGCAUGAAAGAAUUCACACUGGAGAAAAGCCCUACAAGUGCGAGGAAUUGGAUGUUCAUGUUCAGGCUAAACAUUCGGGCAAUCGAUAUGCUAAAGUGCUUGUAUGCCCUGCAUGUUCAAAGAGCUAUAACUCGGAGACAUAUCUGGCUAAGCAUAUGGAAAGGCAUAAAGAGGCUGUGACGAAUGCUAAUGUCAACAGAUUUGGGGCUCUGAAUACCUCAGCCGGUGCAUUGGGAGCUUUAAGUGGAUUCAUGUCCAGUCAUCAUUCAGGAAUGGGCAGUAGAUCGAUCGCUCCUGUAACUGAACAAAGCCUUCAUGAGGAACUUCAACAACGAAUAGGUCAUCCACAAGAUCUUCAGAAUCUUCAGAGAGCAGCAGUAGCUGCAGCCGCAUCGAUAAUGUCCCCAAUGGGCCCGCCUGGUCUGGGGGGUCACGAUACCAACCAUCUUCUUCACCAUCUCCCUUCGGGAUUGCAGGGUCAGCUAUCUAUGGCUCAAAAGAGUCAUCAACAAGGAAUCCACAGUAGUGGAAAUCAUCCAGGAGGUCACAACACACCGGGGUUUGUUGAUAGCUACCAACAGCAUCAGAUGCUUGCAGCUGCCUCACCCUACUCAAAUCAAAUGCCAUCAUUUUUGGGACGAUCGUCAGACGUGCGUCAAAUGCCCCGAUUUCCACCCACUCCCUUGGAUGCUACUGGACGAAAAAUGAUGGAUUUUCAGGGAAACCAACCUAUGCCUCCACAACAGCAGGCACUUAAUCCACCGUUGGCACAUCAACAGAUGUCCCUGGAACAUUCGGCACCCCCUCAAACACCCUCCAUGCAACCACCUCCUCCCCCUCCUCAAUUUCAGUCCCCCCAGACGUUACCUCAUCAGCAAUCACAGUCAAUGAGACCUUUCGUAAAUUCGCCUCAAGAUGCUAGAAGAGGAAAGAGCAUGGAAGGUGGUAAUGGUAAACAUGUCGGUGAUGACGGUAAAGAGGUUAACUCUUGGGAUCAAGGGCCAGUGAUCCCAAUGCCAAUUAUGGAUAGCCAGGAUAAUGGAAGUAGUGUGAGCUUAACCGGAGAUGAGUCUGGAGGCAAUCUUUGGACACCACAUUCUGCUGCUAAGCGACUAAAGCCCGAUCCAGAUGAACGGUAUAGCCAUCACCACCCCCAUCACCAGACUCAGCAACAACCUUUUGAGACGGAAUAUCUACGAAGAUCCGCAGCCGCAGAGCCGCAAUAUCAACAGCAAAUGAUCCAAUCGCACAUGCAGGCUUCCGAGAAUUCAAUGGAGCAUGUGGUUGACAAAUUGGCGAAAUUCUGGCAACGAAAUUCUACCGGUCAAACAAUGGACGGGAAACCGGGAAGAGAUAUUCGGAUUGAGGCUCUUUUAAGUGGUUUCCCCCAAAAUUCGGAGAGAGACAGAAGACCAGAAGAAAUAGAACAGGACAAUGAAAGUGGAGAAAUGGAGCGUUUGUGCAAUAUGUCGCAGUCAUCGUCUACUACAAACAGAGAGCGUGAUUAUCAGCCUGAAGUUCAGUCGCCAAGGCCUUCACGGGAGGAAAAUGAGAGUGGAUAUCGCGGAAACUCGGAAGAAGAUAGAGAAAACAACGGUGCUAGAAAUGAUGGAACUGCUACUCCCGGUUAUCACCAUACGGCGUAUGGAAGUUCAGUAGCAAAUGAAGGGAGGAAUAAUUCUGAGACAGGCUAUUCAAAUACAGGAACCUUCUAUCCAACCGACACCACAGCUCGUGAUCUUUCGGUUAUACGUGAAGACGACGGUGUUCAACAGCAAGCUGAUUCAACCGGAAAUGGGGUUGGAUUUCCAGUUCAUUUCUCCUCUCAAUCCGCUCAGUAG